GGGUAUAUUAAAGAGUGUUCACGAGAAGGAACGUCAGUCUGUUACUAUCUCUCACAAGUGAAACGUGUCCGAUACUUCCCCACUGAUUUAUUUUUUAACGACGAGUAUUCUAUUUUAAUCGAACUCAAGAUGGAGGCCUGGGCGAUGAUCUUAGCCUUUGUGAUAGUAAUAUUAAGCAUUUAUUAUUAUGUCUUCAAGGACUUGAGCUAUUUCAAAAAAAUUGGUUUACCAUAUAUAGAACCAUGGCCAUUAUUGGGAAACAUGGGUUUAGCAUUUUUACGUAAAAAAACGAUGGCCGAUUUAACGAUAGAUAUGUACAACAUAAAUCGGGAAGCAAAAUACGUUGGUUUCUUCGAUAUGGGCAAUCCAAUAAUUGUAAUACGUGACCCGGAAUUGAUCAAAAUGAUUGCAGUAAAGAAUUUUGAUAAUUUCCCGGAUCAUCGAUCUUUCGUCGAUGAGGUAUCGGAUCCACUUUUUGGAAAGAAUUUAUUUUCCUUGAAAGGUAACCGAUGGAGGGAGACCAGAACGAUGUUGAGUCCAGCUUUUACAUUGAGCAAGCUUAAAGGUAUGUUCAAACUGAUGAACGAAUGCGGAGCAGAUUUUACGGAUUAUUUAUCCAAGAUGCCAAAGGAAGAGAAAAGGAUAGAAAUGAAAGAUGUAUUUACGAGAUAUACUAAUGAUGUAAUAGCCACGUGCGCCUUUGGCAUUAGUAUUAAUUCUAUGAAAGAUCGAAACAACGACUUUUAUGUUCUCGGUAGAAAGGCAACCAACUUCGAUGGUAUUAAAACAUUGAAAUUCUUUCUGAUACGUAGUUUUCCAACGAUCACGAAAUUAUUCAACAUCAAGCUCAUACCCGAUACUGUAGCUAAUUUCUUCAAGGAUGUUGUCGAGGAGGUUAUCAACACUCGAGAUCGUAAUAAGAUCGUAAGAUCGGACGUGAUACAAUUGAUGAUGGAAGCUAGAAACAAGAAAGUCGAAAUGGGACAAGAUCUACCACUUAUGGAUAUAGUAGCUCAGGCGUUCAUAUUCUUUUUUGGUGGCUUUGAUAGCGUCUCCACGGCCAUGUGUUUCACCUGUCAUGAAAUUUGUGUCAAUCCUGAUAUACAGAAAAGGAUACAGGCAGAGAUUGACGAGGCCAUUGAAAAGACUGAUGGAAAUCUAACUUAUGAGGUUAUCAACAACAUGCAAUAUUUAGAUGCCGUGAUAAGCGAAUCCUUACGAAGAUAUCCGAUUGUUGUUUUCCUCGACAGAAUUUGCACCGAGAGUUACGAGUUACCACCAAGUUUACCAAAUAGCAAACCAUUUCUCUUGAAAAAAGGUACGAAUGUAUGGUUCCCAAUUUAUGGACUCCAUCACGAUUCACAAUAUUUCGAGGAUCCAUAUAAAUUCGAUCCCGAAAGAUUCAUGGAACAUGGAAAGGAGAUUAACAAUUCCAAUGUCUAUUUACCCUUCGGAUUGGGACCUAGAAUGUGCAUUGGUAAUAGAUUCGCUCUACUCGAGAUGAAAGUUUUGAUAUUCCAUUUGUUGGCAAGAUGUAAUCUAAAGCCUUUCUCGAAAACCCAAAAUCCAUUGCAAUUAUCAAGGAAAGGAAUCAGCAUGACCGCUGAAAAUGGCUUUUGGAUAGAAUUGGAGAGAAGAAAUGAUAUUCAUCCUCUUCUUGAAAAUUCUUUAUCUAAUAGUACUCCUGAUGAUAAUACUACUACGAAUAAAACUGAGAUACACACUAACAGCGUUGCUAAUGCUCAUACGAUUAAAACUUAAGGUGUGAAUAAAUAAUAACUAAAAUAAUUGUAUCAUUAUAUAUUCAUCUAAAUUUUAAUGUAUCCAUGUAUAUAUAUAUAUGUGUGUGUGUAUGUGUGUGUGUUUACAUAUUUAAAUGAGUUACAUUUAUAUACGACCGAUUGAAUAUGUUUAAAAGUGAAUAUAAAAUUCAACUUUUAUUGAUUAGAUUAUUACUAUUGAUUAGACUUAAACGUAUAAUGUUCAGUUUUAAUUAUUAUAUAUUCAAAAGCUUUCAAAUACAUACAUACUUUACUUUCUUUUAAAUGAACCUUAUUUUUAACUGUAUGAAUUAUAUUAACGAAUUAAAUAGAAA